GUAAAAAGGUCACGUGCUGAGUUGAUAUUAUCCCGCCGUUUCCGCUAGCACUUCCUUUCCGGCAGCGGCUGAAUCCUCGCCAACAUGCCACUCGCAAAAGACUUGUUGCACCCCCCACCUGAGGAGGAGAGGAGGAGGCACAAGAAGAAGCGUCUCGUGCAGAGCCCCAAUUCAUAUUUCAUGGAUGUCAAGUGUCCAGGAUGUUACAAAAUCACAACGGUGUUCAGCCAUGCUCAGACAGUGGUGCUGUGUGUCGGCUGUUCGACUGUUCUGUGUCAACCCACUGGAGGCAAAGCACGUCUCACAGAAGGGUGUUCCUUCAGGAGGAAGCAACAUUAAGCUCUUUGCUAGGUUUUCCAGUAAGGAGGAAGGGAGAGAUGGGGUUGGACUUUGCCCUGGUGAACUUGUCCUCUGGGUUUGAUCUCUGAAGAUUCCACACGAGAGAAUGAAAAGAACCUCCAUCAGUUGCUUGCUCUCCAACCCAUUCUCUUUCUUUCAAUAAAGUGUUUUGGCUAAAGUGA